CCCUUUUGGGGAAAUCAAGAUUCUUGAUGUUUUUGAGCAAGAAAAAACUGAAAUUGGAACGAAGAAUAUCGAGUAAUUUUGAUGGUUUUAGAGGCGUAAUUUGAGAGGAGUGGGGUCGAUUUUUCUUCUACUUGAGAUGAGUGUGAUUAGGCAGAAAAGUUCCACUAAUAGAAGCAGCUUGGAUGUUGUUGUGAAGAGCAGGGUUAUUGUUGCUGUUAAGGCUUCUAAAGAAAUUCCGAGAACUGCUCUUAAAUGGGCGCUAACCAACGUCGUUCGGAAAGGGGAUUGCGUUAGGCUUGUAGUGAUCAUUCCAAGUCAAAGCUCAAGUAAAAAACUAUGGGGUUUUCCGAAUUUUCAUAACGAUUGCACAGCUGGAUACUCGAGAUUCAUGUCAGGAACAAUUCUCGAACAGAAGGAGUAUAUAACCGAUAUAUGCAACCAAAUGAUACGCCAGCUCCAAGAUAUUUACGAUCCACAAAAUAUUACUGUGAAGAUGAAAGUGGUUUACGGGUCUAAAGAUGGAUUAGUGGCUUCCGAAGCCAAGAGAGCUCAAUCACAAUGGGUUGUAUUGGACAAAGGUAUGAAAAAGGAAGGGAGUAUUUGCCUGGAGCAGCUCGACUGUAAUGUCAUAGUUGCUAAAAACUCCGAGCCCAAAGUUCUUCGGUUGAACUUGACAGAAUCAAGAAACACUGAAACUGAGGUGCUUCAUAGUCCAAAAUCGCGUCUUGAGGGCGAUUUCGACCUUUUGAAUACUAUCAAGGUUCCGAAUGUGACUCCAACAACUAGCCCGGAUAAUAGAAUAUCCUCGAUUUCAACCUUAGACAUGUUCGCCUCUCCAACUUUCAUGUCUGAAAUCAAUUGGGAACCAAAAGUGAAGCAGAUUUUCUUGCCACAAACAUUCGGAAAUUACGACUUUGGCGAAUCCGAAUCUGAAUCCGAGUCAAACAGUGAUAAUCGAAGCUCUCUUUCGACAAGUAUGUCUUCACAGCAUUGGAUGGAAGACAUUCUGAGUUCGGCUGACGAAGGUCUAAAUAGAUCCAGCAGUAAAGGACAACAACCUAGUACAAAUCAAGAUUCUUGCAAGAAUAUGAGACAAAUGAUAUCACUAAACAAAAAGGUACCCACGGAUUCCCCUCCGCUCUGUUCGCUAUGUCAGCACAAAACACCCUACUUCGGAAAACCCCCUAGGCUGUUUUCGUACGCUGAGCUGGCACGAGCCACGAGUGGAUUUUCGGAGGCUAAUUUUUUGGCCGAAGGUGGAUAUGGUUCCGUACACCGUGGGGUCUUAUCAAACGGUCAAGUCGUAGCUGUGAAGCAACAUAAAUUAGCUAGCAGUCAAGGCGACCGUGAAUUCUGCUCGGAAGUACAAAUGCUGAGCUGCGCACAGCAUCGAAAUGUCGUAAUGCUGAUUGGAUAUUGCGUGGAGGAUGGAAGAAGAUUGCUCGUUUACGAAUAUAUAUGCAAUGGAUCUUUAGAUUCACAUCUUUAUGGGUGUAAUAAGAAUCGACUGGAUUGGGAUGCGCGUAGAAAAAUUGCAAUAGGAGCUGCUCGAGGAUUGAGAUACCUACACGAGGAAUGUAGAGUGGGAUGCAUAGUGCAUCGAGAUAUGAGGCCAAACAACAUUCUCCUCACACAUGAUUUCGAGCCAUUAGUUGGAGAUUUCGGAUUAGCAAGGCUACAACCGGACGGACAUUCGGGUGCUGAGUCGAGAAUAAUCGGAGCGUUUGGGUAUUUAGCACCGGAAUAUGCUCAAACUGGCCAGGUCAGCGAGAAAGCUGAUGUGUACUCUUUUGGUGUGGUGUUGGUGGAGCUUUUCACGGGUAGGAAAGCCGUGGAUAUAAACCGGCCCAAGGGAGAGCAGUGCCUCACUGAGUGGGCACGGCCUCUGCUAGAAGAGAACUCCCUUUGGGAAUACGUUGAUCCGUGCUUGAUGAAUUGCUAUUCGGAGAAAGAGGGUCGGGAAAUGCUGCUUUGUGCUAUGUUUUGUCUGCAACGAGAUCCUCAAUUAAGGCCUCGAAUGUCUCAAGUACUUCGGAUGUUGGAAGGUGACAUUUUGACAAAAUGAAACUUAGGCAUUUGGCAUAUAUUGCAGAUGCUCAAGAAAAAUGGUGAAAUGCACCAUUUCCCAUUAUGUAGAGUUUAGACAAUUAUUAUUAUUUUUAUUAUUUUUUUUAUAUAUAAUUCUUGAUUGGGAUUGAUUGGUGUAUAGUGUAGCCUUAUGAAGUAUAGCAAAUAUGGAUUGCUAUUGUUUGAAUUGAGUUGUUUGAGAAGAAAAUUUCAACUCGUUUUUAGUUGUUUUUUGAGUUGUUGCGGUAAACUUCAAACCAAUUUUCAUUUGGAGUCA